AGCGAAGGGAGGUCGAGCUCAUGUUUACAACCUCUGGGCUGGAGACACUUUUAUCGGUCAAAACUGUCACUUUCGGCAGCAUUUCCGCAGCGUGCGGGAUAGCACUUACAUAAUGGCGCAAACUAAAUGACGCACUCUUACGUUCAGGUAAAAAAAACUUAUUUUCAAACGUUUUUUUCCCCAUUUAAAGCCUGUUAGCGCUUAAAAUGCUAACAGGUAAACAAGCAGAUAAACGCAGUACACCUGAGACGGUCAGUACCCUGAACAGGUGGACUUCAGCCUGAGCUGUGGCGAUGAACUGGAGUAGAUGUCACGUUAGGUCAUAAAAUAAAGCGCUGGGACACCUGUCGGCCUCCAGACUGACGGAAUUUGACAGCUAAUAAACCUGCUAGCCUGAAAGCUGUGCGUAGCUAGCGUCGAGGAGCUCAGGUUUGCAGCAGAUGUGUUUAUACAUGUGAGAGUUACUGUCGGCUCUUGCUGGAUGUACCUGCGUUAGGUACUGUGAGCCUAACGCUGCGUGUAGUGGCAUUUAAAGCUCAGCGCAGCAGCCAGAACAUUGAGCAGAAGUCUCUGUUCUGGUACUGAGAAGACCGAUGCUUUGAGACUGGAGUAAAGGGGGCCAUCUAUCAGCCACCUUUAGCAGGUGGUUCAGCCUCCAUUCACAGCUUUCCCAGUGUGACCUUGAUGACAGACAGCCCCUCUAGAGUGAGGCGGUUUCUGAAUUUCACCUCUUGGCGUCCCAAUGGAGUGGGUGUUCAUCAUGAACCGGAUGAGCUCUCAGGGUAGCUCUGCAGCCCAGCGGAGACGGAUGGCUCUGGGGGUGGUGAUACUCCUGCUGGUGGAUGUCAUCUGGGUCGCCUCGUCUGAGCUAACCUCUUACAUUUUCAAGCGACAGGAUUACAACAAGCCCUUCUUCAGCACCUUCGCCAAGACUUCCAUGUUCGUGCUGUACUUGCUGGGUUUCCUGCUGUGGCGGCCGUGGAGGCAACAGUGCACGGGCACCCUGAACCGCCGCCGGUCUGCUUUCUUUGCUGAUGCUGAGGCCUACUUCACACCCUGCACCACCGACACCACUGUGAACAACUGUCUGAGUGAGCCUCUGUACGUACCUGUGAAGUUCCAGGACGUCCCCACCGAGCACUCAAACCGCUUAAUCGGAGACUGUGAAUCCUCCUCCAAAAAGCAGCGGGUGCGUUUCAGUAACAUCAUGGAGGUGCGUCAGCUGCCCUCCACUCAGGCCCUGGAGGCCAAGCUGUCGCGCAUGUCCUACCCCGCUGCCAAGGACCACGAGGCCAUGCUGCGCACGGUGGGCAAGCUGACCAUCACGGACGUGGCCAAAAUCAGCUUCUUCUUCUGCUUUGUGUGGUUCCUGGCUAACCUGUCCUACCAGGAAGCUCUGUCUGACACACAGGUCGCCAUCGUCAACAUUUUAUCCUCCACCUCAGGUUUGUUUACGCUCAUCUUGGCGGCCAUAUUUCCCAGCAACAGCAGCGACCGUUUCACCUUGUCCAAACUCUUAGCCGUGGCUCUGAGCAUGGGAGGUGUCGCCCUCGUGAGUCUCUCCAGCAUGGACAUCCCCGAUGAGAAAGGAGUCAUCGGUUCUCUGUGGUCUCUGGCUGGGGCGAUGCUGUACGCCGUCUACAUCGUAAUGAUCAAGCGGCGAGUGGAUCGGGAGGAUAAGCUCGACAUCCCGAUGUUCUUCGGGUUUGUGGGUCUGUUCAACCUGCUGCUGUUGUGGCCCGGCUUCCUCCUGCUCCACUACACCGGCUUCGAGGCCUUCGAGCUCCCCAGCCAGCUCGUGUGGACGUACAUCCUCAUUAACGGCCUCAUCGGGACCGUUCUCUCAGAGUUCCUCUGGCUCUGGGGCUGUUUCCUCACAUCUUCUCUAAUUGGGACUCUGGCAUUGAGCCUCACCAUCCCACUCUCCAUUUUGGCGGAUAUUUGCAUGCAGAAGGUGCGUUUCUCAUGGUUAUUUUUUGCCGGGGCGGUCCCGGUCUUCCUCUCCUUCUUCAUCGCCGCACUCUUAUGUCACUACAACAACUGGGACCCAGUGCUGGUGGGGCUGAGGAGGGUCUACGGCUUCAUAUGCAGGAAGCAUCGCAUUCAGAGGCUGCCAGACGACAGCGAGCAGUGUGAAAGCCUGAUUCCCCUCCACACCGUCUCCCCCGGCGAAGGAAGCUUCUGCUCGUGAUCCGGCAGUCAAACGAAAUGGUGGCCAUCGUGGAUCCGCUUGAGCUGACAAUCUGGACGCUUUCAGAGACGUUGAACGUACCCCAGUGCCUCCCGUUACAUAUUAUUUAUUUUCUACAGUCUUCAGAUCCGUUUCUGCAAGGUCACUUUUAUCUUCACUUCAGUCCAACAUACAGACUAAAGAUCACCUUAUUUUGCUUAUUAUCUGUAUCAAAAAGAAAGAAAAAUGGUACGAUACUCGAGGUGCUGGACUUAAUUAUUUGAUAUCACCAAAUUAAACAGUUCCUGGUGGAGGAAGAGGAGGAGCUCUGGAUUUCCACUGGUCACGGGUCUUCUGAAGGAUCUUCACAAAUGACAAUUUAUUGUUAGCUUACAGCACAUAAAACAUUUGCCUAUGAAGCUGUAAGCUUUGCAAUUUUCAGAUUAUCUGGGAUUCUUGAUUUCCAAACAGUUCCUGUGACCCACUUCUUACUAUAACUUUGUGUUGUGCUGCUUUCACAACUGGAAAUAUAGAACAUGGAUGAGCUUGUGGCACCACACCGCGGCAGCUCGGGUGGUCAGAGUGACCUCUGUCUCCUGUGAGGUACUUCUCUUUUUUUAAGAACACUAUUCUGAUCUUUAUGAGUCUGAUAACACUACAGCUGAGCAUGACCGCGUCGCGUCCUGAUUCCUCCUGUUCCUCCGUGCUGGAUCUUGAAGGCGAGCUCUGAAAGAGGCUCAGCCUUCAUGUUUGAGCAUAAACGGGAUAGAAAGCCUUCAAAAGGUUUUGGGCAAUAAAAUAAAAACCCGUGUCAGAUUUAGAUUGAGCUCCCCUUCAAGGUUGUCUCCGAGUACACCUCUGGACCCCUCCAGCUCGACUCCUUGGAUGUCCCGUUUUGAUUGUUUGUAUCUGGUUUUACCGCAGUCCUCAAACUGGCACUGAGAGCGAAGAUCUGCUGGUUCAGACUGACCCCAUUUUCAUGUUGACAAACAGUUUUCAGUUGAAGAGUCUGGAAGGAGGCACACCAGGUGAGGAGUUCUCGAUUUCCAGGGUUGUUGGAUCACAUUGUCCCUGGUGGGAUGCGAGGUUGUGUCGAUGAAUUCAUUGAUGGUGCUGUGAUGUCACCCAUUUUUAAAGCCUUACCCAGGAAUCUGUCGCAUAUGUGUCUGACACAGUUUUCUUCCAUCCUUUGCACAGCUAUAAGUCACAUCGGCAUUAAACACAUUGUUUAAUCUCUAUAGGGUCUUUUAUUUUUAAAAUCAAGAAGAUUCUCUGUGCUCUUCCUGUGUCCGACUUCCUGCCCUCCUCACCAGCUCAAUGGGGUGCAGUUACGCUCCUGGUAGUCUUCUGAAACACGCUGCAGUAAAACCAGUGUAACCAAAAGUUUUGUCUUGAAUUUGAGUGAUCAUUUUGGACCAGAAGUGACCAUAUAUAGAUGAGAGGAAGAAAUGCUAAUCUACCAGCCAAAGCUAGCUAGCUUGGCGGUCAAGCUGUAAAUUCUACAAGUGCGAUGCACGGACUUAGAUCUCUGAAUACAAGAACUUCACUCAACAAAACUGAAGCACAAACUUCUUAGACAGACCGAAACAUGCAGCAAGCCUUAGAGUUAGUCAGAUAACUGCAUUGAAAAGGCUCCAACAGCACAAACAAGGUCCAGAGGUCCAGUUCAGGGACUCCGGUGAACCGAGGUGAAGCCCAGCAGACAGCUAGCAGCUGCAAAUGCCAACUUUAAGCCUUAAAGUUAUAGCUCAUAGAGACCAAAGCUGUUUUUGUUUCUGGCUGUAAACGUGUUUAUUUCUGCUGCAGAUUGGACAGUUUAACAUGGGAGUCUAUGGGGACUGACUCGCAGCUGGGGACAGCCUCAAGUGGACACUAGAGGAACUGUAGCUAUUGCCAUUUCUGCCUUCACUUCAUUUUUCAGCCCCAAAUUCAUCCAUCAUAAUUAUUUUGUAGCUGGAGGAUCUUCACAGUGACACUCAAUCUUCACUCACUACACCUUUCCCUUCACCAGGUUUGGCACCCUGGUGAAGGGUUCCUGCUCCCACGCCAGUGGAGGCACAAAAGUGAAAUGAUGCUGUCAGAGCCGGACUUCAAGGGAGUGAUCAGAAAUUGUAGGCAUGCUAAAAGAGGUGUAGCAUUUCCCGAGGAGAAAACCUUGAAGUGGAGAUUAACUGAAAUCAAACCAGGCCGGAGUCGCUGAACUUUAUGAUCGCCUUCGUGUCAUAACGGUCGUCUGCAGUUUCCUUUUUUUAUAAAGGUUUGUAAAUAGUGUACACAGUGAAACAUGAACAUGGUAUUGUUUUAUUUGUGACCUUCAAAUGACCACUACAGAUUACUAUUUUAUAUCUGUCAUUGUGAACGAUGACUGCCAGAGGAAGCGUUUGCUCCACAGCCAAACUCUGAGAUUACACCACCUGAACUGGACUCUGUGCGAUUUAUUUUACGUCUUAAGAAGAAAUAUUUACUGUGCUUGUGAUUACAUGUGACAAGAAGAAGCCUUGUUUUUUUUUUCUCUCUCAUCAGCCUCAGUGUCAUGUCAGUGCUAAAGAUGGAGGUGAGCUGCUGAUGCUGUUCCCCUCAUCUUCUUAAAUGUCUUCGUCUUCAUGGAGUGUUUUUUUUUUUUUUUUUUUUUCUUCUUGCACUCGUCUUUGAGCGUUUGGAGUGGAGGAGGUAGUAAUUGUUCUGUGAGGGUGAAUUAACGAGUUGAGCACUUUAAGUGAUGAUAGAAAAAUGUAUUGCACUUUCUGUCUUUUGCCAAUCAGUCGGUCCCACCUUCAGCCACAACUUCAGGUUUGAAAGCUGUUUGCAAAGAGUUGAUAGUUCCUAAAUAGCAUUGAUUAUUUCUGUUUUCUCAGCGGUGCUUGUGGAAUCAUGGAUGUGAUUAUUUUCUUUCUCAGGUUCUUUGUUUUGUCUUUACUGUCCGGCGUUUUCUUUGUCUUCUAAGUGUCUUUGAUGAUGAGGAUGUUAUACGACCUAAACGAAGGCUAACCUUCCUUAUACCAAUCUAAGCUCUUGAAUAGUCUUAUUUUGCGACUCUGUUUUCAUACUUCAGUGCACUAUUAAAACAUAUCUUUUAAAUCUG